AUGGACUACGCAUCCAAGAUGCAGGUAGCCACCUAUGUGGGUGUGGAGGAUUUUGCUGACAGAUUCAACUUCAUUUUCACCGUCAUAGUACUCCUCAUCUGCACUGCCGUGGUUACUGUGAAGCAGUAUAUCCUGAAACCAAUCUCGUGUUAUAUUUCCACUGAUGUUGGUGGAAAGAAUUUACUUGAUUACGUGGAAAAUUACUGCUGGGUCCAGGGCACCAUUCCUAUAUCUUACUCCAAUGACGUUCCAGAAACAGAAGAUGACUGGAAUAGGCUAGAGAGUCACAAAAUAUGUGAGUUUUUAUCAAGUCUGCUCUUCACUUCAUUCACAAACGAGAUUAAUUCAUUGCUGAACCUCACUUUACCCGUACAUCAAAUCACACCGAAAUUCUCACUCAUCAGGCCUUUUGAUGGUGUACGCCCAAUCCUUUCAGUGUAUUACCAGUGGGUACCGUUCGUGUUGGGCCUGCAGUGCAUACUUUUCUACAUUCCACGGGUAAUAUGGCAGAUAAUCUGCUACAACCAAACCGGCACAGACCUGUACCACCUCAUUUCAAUGGCCAACGAGGCCUGCCACUCAAAGCCCGACAAGAGGGAGGAAAUGGUGCAAAACUUGGCAAAAUCCAUUGAACGGCUUUUGUAUCAUCAAGUAUUUAAAUACCGUACUACCUUGGUCGUUCCAACCUAUCUCCUCAUCAAACUUCUCUGUCUCGCCAACUCUCUGGCCCAACUCUUCCUCAUGCAGAUCUUCCUGGGCUUUAGAAUCACCAAAGCACCCUACGGCCUGAUUGUUCUAUACGAUCUCUUUGCGGGAAAGGAUUGGCAGGCGACCCUUGCCUUCCCAAGGGUGGCUUUCUGCUACAUUAAGGUGAAAAACCUAGGCGCCAGAGCCAAUGCCAUCACGGCUCAAUGCGCACUCCCCGUGAACAUGCUAAACGAGAGAAUCUAUGUGUUCCUCUGGUGGUGGAUCCUCUGCGGCGGUUUUCUCACUCUCUGCAGCCUCGGCGCCUGGGUGGUGCACGUGAUGUCGCGCGAAUCCACGACCAGAUACGUGGAGCGCCACCUCGAUCUGCGCAUCGAUGAUGCCGACCCCGAAGAGGAGCGGCUCUUCGUCACCAAGUUCAUUCGCCAAGAUGGGGUUUUCUUGCUAAGGAUGAUAGCUAUCAACUCGGGAGAGAUUGUGGCCGGUGAUGUGAUCGGUGUGCUUUGGCAGUUGUAUAGAGAUAAGCGGGGCCUCAAGACUCCCAAUCGUUCCCUCUCAUGCACCACAGCAAAUAGAGUGGAACCACCUCAGAUUGAUGGAGGUCUAAGGCCACCAUCCUCUGCUGAGAACAAAAAAGGGAAUAAUCUUGUUUGGCGUCACAAUGACGUCACUGCAGUAAACCUGGGAAAGUAUGAAUCGAAGUUAUUGAUUAAUGUGGGGACCUUGACAGGACAUCGCGAAAUUCGGACUGGAAAAGCUGCUCGGCUAAAACGAAAAGCCUUCAAAUUUUGCUCUAUCUUCUGCAUUGGAAAACGCCUGGGCAAUCGCCUUUUUGGAACGUAUUUAAUGAUCAAGGCUCUCUACGUCCUUAACGCGGUGGGUCAAAUCCAAAUUCUGGAGUCCUUUAUUGGACUCGAUCGCAAGGCCUAUAGUUAUCUCGGAGUCACGAUGACGAGGAAUAUCAUUGAUGGCAAGGACUGGCAGGCAACGUUGAACUUUCCCCGUGUAGGAUUUUGCGUGGUCCCCAUUCGCCAGUUGGCCGGUCAGGUGUACGUGACAGCCCAGUGCGCUUUACCGGUGAACAUGCUCAAUGAGCGAUUAUACGUCUUCCUCUGGUACUGGUUUUUCCUCGGCGCUGUGGUGACCAUCACCAGCGUGCCGCUGUGGCUCCUCCGCAUGACCUAUCAGCGCGGGCGCACACGUUUUGUGAAGCGCUACUUGCGUCUGAAUGAGCUGUGCUCGCGCGAGGAUAACAUCAUGGUGCAGAAGUUUUGCCAGCAGUUCUUGCGUCAUGACGGCAUCUUCCUUCUCCGGAUGAUGGCCAUCAACUCGGGGAGCACCAUCUGCGGUGAGGUGGUGCAGAAGCUCUGGUCCAUCUACAAGACCAAGUACUACAAUCAAGAUUUUAAUCAUGCUGACAACGAGGUGGAGGAGGAAGCCAGCGAGAGCGACUUUCCAGGGGUCGUCGGUCGGCACCACACAACCAUCCAACUGGACGCUGUGAAACCCUCCGCCCCACCUCCCUCUUCCUCCAGUGGCUACAGUGAGGACUUCGAGUUGAAGAAGCAGCCUAUUUGA